GUUGUUUCCAAAAAUAGAAGCCGUUACAAAUCAAACAAAAUCCCAAACAAAACUUGAAACAGCUUUAUAACGUUUUGGUGGUAGAUUUCUGUUCGUUCCAUUGCUCCUGCUCAUCUUCCUCCUCUUCCAACCUCCUUGGCCAAAACAAAGACUAGAAGAAGAGGAGGAAGCCCUAAAGCUUUCACUUUUCUUUCUUUCUGUUUUAACUUCAUAUAACAAAUGGGGAAGAGAGGUGAAAGUAGAAGUAGAAGUAGAAGCAGAGGCAGGAGUUACAGUCCGAGCCCAAGUCCCCUGCCUCGUCAUAGACGCAGCUAUGACAGUAGAGACAGGUUCAGAGAUCGAUGCUUGCCUUUUCCCACUUGUCUCCUUGUGCGAAAUAUUGCUCGUCAAACUAGGCCAGAGGAUCUUCGAAUUCCAUUUGAAAAGUUUGGGAUGGUAAAAGACGUUUAUCUUCCAAGAAAUUAUUAUUCAGGAGAGCCACGAGGGUUUGGAUUUGUCAAAUAUGCGAACCCUGAUGAUGCUGCAGAAGCCAAACAUUACAUGAAUCAUCAAGUAAUUAAUGGCCGUGAGAUUAGUAUUGUCUUUGCUGAAGAGAACAGGAAAAAUCCUGAUGAGAUGCGUUUGAAAUCUAGAAAAAGAUAUGGUGGAGGCAGUUACCGCAGGCAUACACCUCCACGCUCUCCAAGGUGGCGCCGAUCAUACUCACAUUCAGAGUCACCUCCAUACAGAUCCACGAGCAUAUUCUGUGACCGUAACUCCCAUUCAUCCAAUAGCAGGUCCCAUGAUUCUCCUCCAUUCUUAAACAGGCCCCGUGACUCUCUUUCCCCCAGGGGCAGAACACAUUACAGUCCCCCAUUGAGAAGAAUUUCACGUGACUCCUCUCUACCCAGAGAUAGGCUCUGUAAUUCUUCUCCACUAAGGAGCAAGUACUGUGAUUCUCCUCCAUCUAGGAAUAGGUACCCGUUCUGUGACUCGCUUCCACCCAGGGAUGGGUUACAUGAUUCUUUUUCCUCCAGACUCAUGCCUACUGAAAGCUAUUUGUAUCAGAGAGCACAGGACAGUCCAGCAAGAGGAACUUCACAUGUCUCCACUCUCUUUUGGGGCAAUCUGGGUGAUUCUUCUCUGCCCAACAGCAGGCCUUAUCAUUCUAAUUUAUUUUCUAUCCAGGAGCAGAUCUCCUGAUUGUCAUUCAGUGAGUUGUGGGUCACCAGAGCCCUCUGCUUCACCUAAAUAUGGACCCAGUGGAUGAAAUUCUAAUUAAUCUCAUCAGGACUGUAUUUUCUGGUACUCUUGGUCGUUUAGUCAAUCUGGAAGCUUCAAGGAGUCUUAUAGUUAAGUUUGGUCAUUUCAGACUUACUUUGUUCUUGGUCCAGGCGAAGUACCUUAGAAUCUAGGGCUUCUGUGAUGAAGCCAUUUUGUUUGGGUUGGUAAGUAUUUUGAAAUUGCAGAUAGCUUCAUUGUCCUAGGGUAACUGUGACCUGUAUUUGCAUAUGCUGGUUUAGCACCAGUUCACUUUCUUGAUGCAGUUGUAAAUUUUACUUGACCAUAAAUAACACCACGAGUAUAUGCAAAGAUCGAGGUGGGUUCAAUAAAGGAUUCUUUCAAUGAA